CCAAUCAGCAGUCGCGGCUCAAAAUUCGAACGUCAAUGAGCGGAAGCGACGGAUGAGCUACGUAAACUGCGAAAUAGAUUGUUUUGCUGGCCAAUUUAAGUCUCUACAACAUUUUGUCGAUAUGAUAAUUAACAUUCUGUAUAACAAGUUGAUGUACAAAAACUGUGUGGACAAGUUGGAUAAGGUGAAACAACUGUGAUCAAAUCAAUCAAAGACUGAGCCAUGGUGAAGGAACGGGUCCAGAAGAAGUCCUACCAGCAGAGUCUGGAGGACAUAAAGGAGAAGAUGAAGGAGAAGCGGAAUAAACGCCUGGCGAGUGCCUCAGCUCCGAGCAGAGGACGGUCUAGGAUGGUCAACAAAGUCAGUGUGCCUGACUCCACUCACAAUAUCCUGAAAGGAAUCCAGCUUAACAACAAAGCUCUGGCUGUAGCCCUGCAAGCUGAAAAGGAUAAAGUGAGGCAGGCUCAUGCAGUGAUCCUACAGCUGAAAAGGGAGCAACAGGCCCUGUUUCUUCACCUGCUUCUGCUCAAGAGAAAGCUCAAAGAUCAGGAAGCAAGUUCUUCAGAGAUGAAGUCUUCCAGUAUACCUGUCAAACCCCAACAAUGUGUGGAUCCAGAGAGGAAAAAGCGCACCAGCCAGCCCCUUGAAGAGCCUGUUCCUUGCAAAGCCUCACCAGUUUGUACAGGCCCUCUGACCUCUGAAAAGAAUGCACAGUCUGAAUGUGACAAGCAGUCAACCCUGCCAUCCACAGUGGGCGUGAGGCGUCGUCAAGUGGAUAGAAGAAGCAGAAGAAGAUCUGAGCGUGUGAGAGAAAGGAGGUCGAUGAGUGAAAGCGACAUCAACGAAGACUUGGGGGAUUUUAUGGCAAGUCCCAUACGCUGUGAAGAUGGGCAUCAAAAUCAGCCACAACAUGCAGUGGAAGCAGGUUUAGCAGACCCUGAGGACUUUCAGCACUCUACCCCUGAACCUGAUCCACCAAAGAAGACAAACCAGCAGAGGACUGGUAGGAAACAAGCCCAACAACAGCGACCUCAAGCUAAACCUGAACCUGCUUCUCGUAAGCUAGAGAGAGGUCGCAAACCAGACCGUGUCCCAUUGAAGAAACCCUGGGAGAAUUCGAAACCCAGAGCCCGCUCCAAGAGUCGGGACCGGUCAGCCACAAGGGUAAAAGCCGCACCUCCUUCACAGGGUAAUAAGCUCAACACUUCACUCGGAUUCAAUGACACAUUUGAUUUUGACUGUGAAGAAACUACUCACGUCACGCCAUUCAAGGCAAAGGUGGAGGACAAUCAGCCAGCAACACCCAUCACUGAAGAAUCUUCACAGCCGAGCCAAACUGUAGCUUCACCUGCAGUUUACAAACAAAGCGGUUCCAGCUCAUCAUCUUCUUCUGAGUCCGAGGACAGUCUUUAUGUCCCCCAGAAAACCAAACGGAGGCAGACUUCACCUGGCAAGACUAAAGUGAUCUCCACUCGCAGAGGCCGGCGCUCUAUAGUCAUCAAACAGAAAGAAAACAUCCCUCCAAAACACAAGAUCGCCAUUUUUAGAGAUGAAGAAGCGAGUCCUAAAGCUGCCAAGCCUAAGAAAGAAGAAGCUGCUCUCCAGGCUUCCCCUGACUUGAGCUUCUCAAACAGCCCAGACCCCGUGAGGUUGGAGCAGGAAAACCUGCAGGCGCCUCACAGCGGGGUUCUUGUGGAGGACUGUUUGCCUCCCGUCAGCCCUCUGGUUGAAGCUGAGAUGAUGAGAAUAGACAACGUCCUGUCCAAUUUUGGAGAUUCCUCCUGCGAAGCUCCUCCUCAUCAAACGCCGCAGAGGAUCAGGACAGUAAAGAAACGUGGGCUUGGUAUAAGGACAGGAGGGCGGGGCUUGAGUCUGUGUGAUAUGACCAAUCUGUCCCCUGCAGCGUAUCGUAAUUUCUCCUGUGUAGGCUCCCGUCCCUCUGAUGCACGAUCCUCCACCCCUGUCGUCGCUCGUAAGCGGCGCUGCACCAUGGUGGUGGAUUACAAGGAACCCUCACUCAACGCGAAACUCCGGCGAGGAGACAAGCACACAGAUGUGCAGUUCCUUAGCUCUCCUAUUUUCAAGCAGAAGUCCGGUAGGAGCUCGAUGCAGAAACAAAGGAAAUCUGUGAGCUGCAAACAGCCGUUUGAGAAGUACAACGAGUCAUUUGUUGGCUGUCGCUGAAAGUAGCUUCCCUCUUUGUCAUCUUUGAACUCUGUUUUUGCGUACUGCAAAGUUUUAAUUUAGUCCCUUUUAAGUGCUGGAAAGGUUUUUAAACUCUUGAUAUUGUUUUUCUAUGUGAAUAUAUCUUUGAGGAGUUUUUUCCAUUUUUAAAUCAUUUGUGUCACCUUGUUGCUGUUUAUGUUGCAGGGCAUUAGUCACUUCUUCUACUAUCACUAUUUUCCUCUGAUUCUCCAGGUAAAUGGCUAGAGUAGAGGUAGCAAUGGCUAUUUCUGAACAGAAUUCAGAAAACAGCCAUUGGAUAUAUUUCAACAUUCUUUGUUUGUUCUUUGAAAUCCAUUGUUUUUAUUAUAAAGUCCUUAAUAUGACUACAUAUUGUUGUCUAAUGAUUUCAAAUUUGUAUCCUCUUCUGACCCUGACUCCAUGUGUGAUGUGACAAUAAAUACAAUUUCCUCAUUUG